AUGCUCUCUCUACGACUUUUUGCCGCCGCCGCCUUGUUUGCGUUUGCUCAAGGUCAGAUUACAUCAACCGAUCCGAAUGGAAAUACUGUCAUUGUGUCGAUCUCUACCGACCUGGUUGGAGGUACCACACCAAUAGUGGUGAGCACAGUAGCACCGGCCCCCGCAGUUCCUACAGUCACCACCCCAGUGGCUACCCAGCCCCCAACUACUCAGAAUGUAGCACCCACCACUACUCCGCGUGUUGUUGGUCAGCCAGCACCCACACUUGCUUCACCCGAACCAACGAUCUAUACUUAUACCACAGUGGACGCCAGUGGGAAUACCCAAACGUUUGUAGAUACCUACACCCCCACCUAUGACGUUACAACUGUUCCGUUCUCGGCACCCGCCGGAACCAUCCUUCCAUACGGCGAGUACACGUCCAUGUAUGGUGGUUCGGGAACUGGCAAUCAACUCAAUAGCGCUGGUCGAUUAUGGGCGGGUGCCAGUGCGUUGAUUGGUGCCGUUACAGGGCUGGCUCUGGUGUUCUAG